CUUUAGUCUUCAACUGAUCGCUCGCGCCGAUGAUUUAAUUUUUAAGUUAAACGCAGGCCAGUGUAGCAGCCAACAGCGUUACUCACAUCCAUACAUACGUGCGAAUAUACAUGCCUACAUAAUACGGCGUACAUCGAUAAAUAGAUAUACCCCGCAGAUAUAGUGUCUCGAUCGACAGCAACGAACCCAUGAAAACCUAAACGGAAACGGAAGCAACGCCAACUGCAUAUAGGUUUAUAGAUGUAUCUACACAGUGCCGCGAUACAGUCAUCACUCGCAGCGCUGUCAUAUACUAUAAAUAUAGAUGCGGCGGCACAUGUGAGCAAUUUUUGGCAAUUGCCAAAGAAUACGGCGCACAAGUUGGGGGAAAACAAACAGCGCGUGCAGGCUAAACAUGAAAUAAAUAUAUGAAAAUAUAAAUAACAAUUAAUAAUCCCCCACUUUGGCGUUGUAUGGGUGUAGUGACCGAUAAUAUGUAUGUUUAAAAGUGUGAGUAACCCGAAGAAUAACUAUAAUUUUAGCGAGCGAUCUGCAUUAAAAGAGAGAAAAAUCACACAAAAAGAAAAACGAACGAAAAUAAUAACGCGAACAAAAACAAAACGGAAUUGUAAUAAUUGACGAGCAUAUAACGAGCCGAGAACAAGCAGCACAAAGCGACAAACCAAAAAUAGAUGAUACCAACGCAGCCACAACAAGAACAACAAUAAGCACUACAAUCAAUUGUGAUCGCGGUGCGUGUGUGUGCGUUUUGUAUCUGUGUCUUUGCAUUUGCCGCUGUAUCUGUAUCUGGAAGAGCGCAAUCCAUAACCAUCUAGUGUUCCAACAUAUUCGGAAUAUUGGGGCGUGGAUGUCCGCUUUGAAAUAUUAAUUAUAUUUGACACUGCUUACGGCUUGACUUGGCGCAUGCCAAGCAUGAUUAAACGAGACACGAAAGAGCGUAUCUACGAAGUAGAUAAAUAUCUUUAUACGAACAACUAAGCUGCAGCACCAACCAACAAUCGAAUCGACGAAUAGCGACGCACAAACAAACCCAUCUAUAUACUUUAUAGAGAGAGAUAAACAAAAGCUCAAGCAGCAGCAGCAACAACGAAACAAAUUUGGAUGAAAAAUUUUUGCACUAAAAGACCCAGCAAUCUGAAUCUGCAAAAAGGGAACAUAGCCCUCACAUCGUAUUAAGAAGAGAACUCAACUCGACAAAGGAGUAAGAAAAAGGAAGAAAGGAAAUCAACUAUUGUGAUAUGUACAAAUUUACUCAAAUACUGAAGCCACAUAUUUAGACGUUUAUUCCACGGAAUCCCAGUUAUAAAACGAUUAACCGGAGGAUAAUCUACCAAAGAUUAGGCUUUCACCUUCAAUUAAGUUUAUCUAUAUAAAGCAGAAGUAGUACUCGAAAAUCAAAAAAAUGGCCGAGAAAGUUGAACUGGCCCAGGCCGGCCUAAACGGUCAACAGAAUGAUCCCCGAAAGGUGCGAAAGUCACCUGAGUUUCAGCCCGGCGUUAUCUCCCGGGAACGCAGCUUUGUGCGCAGCUCAAAUCAACAGAAUAUCAACAAACGACGAAGUCUGGCAUUCAACGUGCCUGGCAAUCAGACCGGACAGAUGAGAGGCAAACCAGCCAUGGAUAUAUACAGGCCUCCAAAUGUGCGCGGAGAGCUGGCUGCUCCAGCCAGCAGUGGUGAUGGUUCAAUUGGUGUUACCGGUGGUGUCGCCAACAAGCUGAACGUCAAUGCCCAGGAGUUUACAAUGACAAGCAGCUCCGGGGCACCUGCCGAGGCAGUCAGCAAUCGUUCGUCGUUAAUCUUCCCACCCACAAAUGGACCCGGAGUGGCUCCGGUUUUGGGUCAGUAUGGAAACGUGAAUCGCCGCCAGGCCGGACUCUCCCUUGGGAACAUGUCGGGCUUGAAGGCCAACCACCAUCUAUCAACCAGCUCUAUCUUGGUGACGCAUCCAAUCAGUGCCAGCCCCCUUGGCGGUCAGUUGCCGCUCAUGAACUCGCCCUCCAGUGGAAAUAUAUUGCAUACAACGAAUCGUGUCAAGUUUGCUCCUGAGCCCAGAGGUCACAAGGUGGCUACUCAAAACCAGUUUGGACAGCUAAAUAAUAACUACGUUCAGCCUUAUCAGGCAAAUCUUAAUGGAAUCGAUCCAUACAUAAAUGGGAAUUCAUUGCAACGCUCGAAGUCCUUAUCGUCAGCAGACGCAUUAACUAGAGGAAUGGCGGGAUUAGGUUUGGGGUUGGGAAACGAAGUUGCCGACAUUGGCCAGUUCACGCCAGAGAUUCAAGCUCUUAUUGACACGGCUCUGGAGGAUCCAAAUAAACUUAACUCUCGCUGUCUAAUGGAACUAACAUCGCAAUUUAUCAAGCGUGCGGUGGAGAGCCGGCGGUUUGCAUUACCAAUCUCUCGCCUGUGCUUAAACAUCAUCGCCCGGGAGCAGAAGGAGACAUUUUUGGAGGCCCUUCUCAACACAUGCCGUCAGUGGUAUCAGGAACGCGAAAAACUGCUGUUUGCCAUCCAGGGCAUGAAGUCGCCAUCCCGUGUUAGAUUCACCGCAUUCAUGGCCUUCCUCACGGAGAUGUUUUGUCAGCUGAAGCGCCGACAGCUCCAACUGCGAACCCACCACGAGGGGACUUCCCCUCCGCUGGUGCUACUAAGUUUGUUGUCCAAAUGUUGCGAGGAUUGCGUGCGUCCACCUAUAAGAUCUCUUUCAGAGAUCGAAUGUCUCUUCUAUGUGCUGACAUGCAUUGGCCAGGAUAUGGAGCAGCAGCUGCCACAGCAAUUGGAGUUACUAAUGGGUCUCGUUCGCGAUGCCUUUCUGAAUGCAGGCGAAUCAGCAGCAUCCAUUCGACGCACUCUCCUUCAGCUCAUCGAGCUGAAGGCAUCCCACUGGCAGCUUCCAGGCAACACGGUUCUUUACUACACACACACUAACAACUAGAACUUGAAAAUGGGAAACAACUUGAACUAGAUCUGAACCUAGUACCAAGGCGGGGAUUCGGGCACUGUGCAAUCUAAAAGACACCAUCAGCUAUAUUUUCUGUUGUCGCAUUGCAUUUAGGGCCUGGAAAACUUCUGUUCUAUUUAUCUUAUCGUACUCUUACCUAGGAAUAAGCAAUAUUUAUUUCGGCACCAGCAAUAGAGAGAAACUAACCCGAGACUUGCUCACUACACACCAAGCCCAGUACCAAAUGAGAUCUGCCGAUUUGACUCGGUAUCUUCGGACUCUUCUAUAUUCUAAGGCUCAACUUUUAUGUGAAUCCAUAUAUUUAUGUGUAAUAAAUCACAGCUAGUCAAAAAGUCUA